AUGGAGUUAGUUGGGAAAAUGUGCCUACACUUCCCUCAUCUCACAAGCAAACAGACAACAGAAGAGAUCAGGGGUUUGCUGAAAAGCCCAGUGAACAAGACGGCCCUGAUGCUGAUCGCUGUGAGCUCCUGCAUCCUGGCCAUGGUGUGUGGCAGUCAGAUGUCCUGUCCACUCACUGUGAAGGUGACUCUGCAUGUGCCCGAGCACUUCAUUGCAGACGGGAGCAGCUUUGUGGUGAGUGAAGGGAGCUACCUGGACAUCUCCGACUGGUUAAACCCGGCCAAGCUGUCCCUGUAUUACCAGAUCAACGCCACCUCCCCAUGGGUGAGGGACCUCUGCGGACAGAGGACCACAGAUGCCUGUGAGCAGCUCUGCGACCCAGAAACCGGAGAGUGCAGCUGUCAUGAAGGCUACACCCCUGACCCGGUUCACAGACACCUGUGUGUGCGCAGUGACUGGGGACAGAGUGAAGGACCCUGGCCUUACACGACACUCGAGAGGGGCUAUGAUCUGGUGACAGGGGAGCAAGCCCCUGAAAAGAUUCUCAGGUCUACUUUCAGCUUGGGCCAAGGACUCUGGCUUCCUGUCAGCAAAAGCUUCGUGGUCCCACCCGUGGAGCUGUCCAUCAACCCCCUGGCCAGCUGCAAGACCGAUGUGCUCGUCACAGAAGACCCUGCAGAUGUCAGCACCGCCCUGGCCGAGGAAGGCAUUGCUGCUGCAGGUGAUGACGUUAAUACCGAGCUGCAAGAGGUGCUGAGGACCGCCGUCAUCCACGAUGGCCUAGCACGUGGAAUUCGGGAAGCUGCCAGAGCCUUAGACAAGCGCCAAGCGCAUCUCUGUGUGCUUGCAUCCAACUGCGAUGAGCCUGUAUGUGUCAAGUUGGUGGAGGCCCUUUGUGCCGAGCACCAGAUCCACCUGAUUAAGAUUGAUGACCGCAAGAAACUAGGGGAAUGGGUAGGCCUCUGUAACAGUGACAGAAGGGGGAGACCCCAUCAAGCGGCUGGUUGCAGUUGCGCAGUGGUUAAGGACUAUGGCAAAGAGGCUCAGGCCAGGGAUGCCCCUAAGGGGCACUUCCAGUGCAAGAAAUGAUCAAAUACAAAAACCGGACUCUUGUUCCUCAAAAAAAAAAAAAAAAAAAAAGAGAGAGAGAAAGGUAGGUGUCAAGCACGAUUCCAUAGCACACCCUUAUCUGUCCUGUGACAUUGGCUAGUCUUUGCA